AUGGGUAACUUAUGUAAUUUAGACGUGGAUUCCGCGGUCAACCCUCAACCGUCACCAAAUGGCCCAGCUUUCUUUUUCGAUGGAUCGUGGCCGGAUCUAUCCAACCAUGCCGCCCGAUCCUGGUUGUCUGCAGACUGUUGUCCACAAGUCAUUUCCUUCUCGCCUGCGCACGACCCUGCUUCUGGCCACGGCCACGGUCAUGACCACAACCACAGCCACACAAGUUCUCUCUCUCGCGCGCGCGCGCACUACUCACGGCCGCACGUCAAUCGGCGAGCUAAGAACUAG